AUGUUAUCAGAUGCUUCGCCUCAACCACCCCCUCCGCCUGUUGCCAAAGACCGAAAAUCUGCGUUAACGAUCGCACUGGAAAAUGCGCUUGCCAGUGGGAGCGAGUGUAAUACCAAUCGUUUUGUUGAUUUUGCUAUCUUCGACGGCCGCUCCGCUACCGGUGGUUUGGAAAUAGAGCCAACAAUCAAGGCCAGGCCGCAGCGACAACGUCCCAUCACAAUAUGGUUUUGGCGUGUCACUGGACUUCCAAAAGUGAGCAUUUCUGUACAGCCCUCCUCCAACUGCACCGUUCGCGGCGUUGUCGGUCUGGCUUUGUGGCAGUACUUCAACGAGAAUCCAUCAGAAACCGGCAGCUUUAAUGCUAAAUACAGUCACAUCAAAGACGCGGAAGAAAUCGUGGAUCAGAUAUCAGUCUACAUGUUUGACACUGAGGACGAUCUCGAGGCCGACUUCCCUCCUCUCAAACCUUCCGACCCUAUGCAUAAGUACGAGUUCGACUCGCUUGCCCUGGUUGACCGCGACAUGAACAAGUCAUUAAGCAAAGAUGGCAGCGAACCCCUGGUGUUUGUAACUGUGCACUUGGCUCAAGGUAUCAGUCUUCUCCGAUUUCCCGUCAGUGCGACACUGCAGAUAGUUAUGGAUUCUGCCAUCAAACGUCGACAGUUGCGUCAGCAUGUUGGUUAUGCCUACAGACUCGAACGCUGGAUAGAUCCAACCGAACCAAGUGACAGUGCAGGGGUUCCGCCUACUUCACGUGAACCUUUGGACUUGACUCUGCGUCUUUCAGACUGUCAGGAACAAGAUCUGCCUUUGCGAUUUGUCCUUAUUCGCGAACACAGUAAGCGAGCCGGUCGAUACGAUCCCGCCGUCGAUGACUCUGAUGACGCAAAUUCGCUUUCACCGUCUGGUGCUGGUGGUGCUGAUCUUCCAUCGUUAGUUCUGCAGUCAAGAAAGUAUCGAGCAUCUCAACUGCGAGACCUAUCUACUCGCGAAGUACAGCUAAUUGUUUCUCCGGACCGCUUGGAAUUGCAGCCUUCACGUCGUCCCAAACUCUUUCGAGGUUCCAAGUCCCUCUCCAUACCCAUGGACAAUGUCCUGGAAUGUUCCACUCCUCUUACCUCCACUGAGACUGCUGACCAGCCGCUAAAGAAAGUUCGUUUCGCCAUCACUUACCUACCCGUUGGCAGCGCCGUGGCUCCUUCCGGAGAGGAGGUAUUUGGACUGGAAAAAACAGUGGAUCUGCAUUUUGAGGCCCAGUGGACCAGUGCUCGCGCAGUCUGUCAGCACCUAAACCUCAUAUUUGCAUGUUAUGCCAGCCCCCUACGCGAAACUUACGCAAGGCUUCGCUCGGGCCUCUCCUAA